CAGCCAGCAGCAGGCAGCAGCAGCAGCAUGGCGGGGCUCCGACACCCGCAGCCGGGCAGCCACUGCCGCGCGGCCACGGCCGUCAACCUCCUCCUCGGCGUCUUCCACGUCCUCUUGCCCUGCUUUCGCCCCGGAGAGGCGCAGGGACAAGCUAUCGAGCCGCUGCCCAACGUGGUGGAGUUGUGGCAAGCCGAAGAAGGGGAACUCCUGCUGGCCACCCAGGCUGAUUCAGAGGAGGAUGUGGAGGACCAUCCGCAAGAGGCAAGCUUUUCAACUAAACUGUCGGGUGAGGAGGGCUUACAUUUUCAGCCUUCAGUCCUAGAUUUUGGAAAGCAGUUACUGGGCCUGCCCCGAGCUAAAAUGCUAUAUGCUCACAACCCUAGUAGGGAUAGAGAAGUUGUAGUGAAUUCAGUGUUUACAGCUACUAGACAUUUUCAUGUGUCUCCUGUUCAUUGCAGGGUGAUUCCUGCAAUGGGAAAAACUUCCUUCAGAAUCAUCUUCUUUCCAUCUGAGGAAGGCAACAUUGAAAGUUCUUUAUUUAUAAAUACAUCCUCUUACGGAGUUCUUUCAUAUCAGGUAUAUGGAAAUGGAAUUUCCAGAGCCUCCACAGAAACGUCCACCAAGCAGAUAUCAAAUGCGUAUUUGCUGCUUCCUCAUAUGCAGAGUAUCCAGAUUUUCCAGACACAGGCAGAAACCACUAAUGCCAAUCUACUGCAAGUUCGCCUAGAAUGCAGUUUACAUAAUGUGUGUCAGCAACUCAAGAGUUGUUGCUUCACAUCUGAAGAUGCAUUGCUGCUACAAAUGAGCAUAAUGGAAAACUCCCCAAAAGAAUUUGAGGAAUACCAAGAAGAUUUACUAGAUAAUCUUUCUGUUGUUUACGUCGCUACAGACAGAACUGAGGCCUCAGAUGAAUCCACAAUAGAUGUGUAUAUAUUGCAUUCAGGGAACAGCGUAUUAUGGAUACAGGAUGUAUAUCAUUUACCACAAAGGGAUAUUUUAUCUCUGCAAUUUGAAUCUGUACUGCUGCCUACUUCAACAACAAACUUUACAAAAGUUGCUUCCUUUGUUUGUAAAGCUUCAUCAUGUGACAGUGAAACUAGUUAUUCUGGUGAAGUGAACAGAAAUUUCUUGGAAGGCACUGCAACUCUAAAAGCAUGUUUUUCCCAUCCUGUGGUGAAAGGGUAUUUUGGAAUUGACCCUUCUGAGGCCCAGUUUCACAUAGAGACUCUUCAGAGCACAUUUGGCUUUUGGUCAGUCUGGCUGACUAAUCAUUUUAACCACAGUGUCAUAUUAAAUGAUGUGUUUGUUCCCAAGGAAGCCAAGCAUAUUUUAAAGAUUGUGAAUUUCACUGGCCCCUUAUUUCUACCUCCAGGCUGUUGGAAUAUAUUUUCUUUGAAAUUUGGUGUUAAAAAUACUGCAGUAAAUAUAUUUACCCAUGUUUUUUUGACCACUGACAUGGGUGUCAUAUUUGCAAUACCUCUACAGAUUUACUCAGCCCUGUCCAAGGAGGGGCCUCUUGGUUUUGAAGUGGUAGCACACUGUGGCCUGCACUAUUACUUGGAAAAAUCAAAUACAACAAGUCGUCAUUGGCAAGAGAGCCUUUCUCUGGACCAUUCUACGUGGAAUGUGGAUUCUGAGCUUGCAAACAGAUUGUUCAGAAGGUGGCAGAAAAUCAAAAGUGGUGAAGUCUGCAGGAGGAAUGUUUUGGGGAUGACUCAGUUUGCUCAGCCACAGAAAUCUGAGGAGUUGGAGUCGUUUUCCUUCUUUUUGCCACGUUUAAUUACAGAGCCUGGCCUUACAUUGAACUUCAGUGCAACUGCUCUUAGGAACAGCAUGGUGAAAUAUUUUGUCCUGAAGAAUCCCUCAUCACUCCCAGUGAUGUUGCAAUUGCUGCCACUGUCUUUCUACCCUGAGCCUGAAGCUGCAUUGAGCCUGCUGCAUAAAUGGUUUGGCACUGAUGUGCAAGCUAUUAAUUUCACGACUGGUGAAUUCCAGCUUACAGAAACGUGCUCCCACCGGAAUAUAUAUGAAGAGAAUCUUGCUCCUGUGAAAUCCAGGUUUGAGGUUCUUCAUUUCCAUUUACGCCCACUGGAAUCCAGAAGGAUUGGUGUUAUUUUUACACCUGUGGACUACAGAAAAGUAACCUCACUUAUCUUGAUCAGAAAUAACUUAACUAUUCUGGACAUGGUCAUUGUGGAAGGAUUUGGAGCCAGAGAAUUAUUGAAAGUAGGUGGAAGAUUGCCUGGAACAGGAGGUUCACUUAGAUUUAAGGUGCCUGAAUCGACGCUCAUGGACUGCAGACAACAACUGAAAGACAGCAAGCAAAUUUUAUCAAUUACAAAAAACUUUAAAGUUGAGAAUAUUGGGCCUCUUCCUAUAACUGUGUCAUCUAUGAAGAUUAAUGGUUAUAAUUGCCAAGGAUAUGGGUUUGAAGUGCUAGAUUGUCAGGAAUUUUCCCUGGAUCCAAACUCUUCCCGGGAGAUCAGCAUUGUGUUCACUCCCGACUUUACAUCCUCUUGGGUUAUUCGUGAGCUGACUCUAGUGACGGCUGCAGACCUAGAGUUCCACUUUACGCUCAAUGUGACGCUUCCCCAUCACUUGUUACCGCUCUGUGCCGAUGUGGUGCCAGGACCCAGUUGGGAAGAGUCUUUUUGGAGGCUCACAGUUCUCUUUGUCAGUUCUUCCUUGUUGGGUGUGAUUGUAAUAGCCUUCCAACAAGCACAGUAUAUUUUAACAGAAUUCAUGAAAUCAAGGCAGAGACAAAAUCCUAAUUCCUGUUCUCAGCAGAAUAGCAACUCAGUUGAUGUAAUCAGCUCCGAUUCAUACAAGAGCAGUUGCAAAUCCUUUGUGGACUCCUACAGUCCUUCUGAUAAAGGCAAAGGAAAAGGCUUCCUUUCGGUAGCCACCCCACCAAGCAGAAUCCAGAAUGCUACAAAGAGAAGCCCAGCAACAUAUAGCCAUUCUCAGAAAAAGCACAAGUGCUCUGUAUAUUACAGUAAACAAAAAGCCAGCACGGUGGUUGCCAGCAAUGCCAACACUACUACUGAUGAAAAGCAAACCUUGGCUGCCGAGACCCAUGCCUCAGCACCCAAAGAGGACCUUUGCGUAGACACUGGGGGUGAGAACUGGAUAAAUUUUAAAUAUGCCAACGGAAUCAGUGUAAACGUGCAAAAGAAUCUGACCCUUCCAGGAAACUUCCUGGGUAAAGAGGAGAAUACACUGAAAAACACCAACGUUGUGAAAAACACUUCUUCAGAAUGUGAUGUGAAGGAGGUCACACAAACAUGUAUGUUUCCUAAGGAAACUGACAUUAAAACUUCAGAAAACUUAACUGAGCUCAAGGAACGGGAGCUCUGUUCUCUGAAGACGCCUAAAAAGCUACCUGAAAGCCCCUUGCCAAGAAAUUCACCGCCACCCCAGGCAGAGCUGCAAGAAACUUCCAGGAAAAAUAAUGGGAGUAACCCACAAGUGCCUAACAAGAAUGAAGUAGAAAAUUGUGAAGCUCUGAAAAAGCAGGUGGUCAUCAGCACCAAACCUUCCUCAGAAAAGAAGGUUCACAAGGCACCCAAAGAAGAGCCGUGUUGUGGGAAAGCAGAAUUACCUUCACUUGAGCAAGAAGAUCCUUAUAGGAAGAAAAGGCCUCAGGAAAAAAGAGAAGGAAAUUUACCAAAUGUAAAUUGGAAUAGAAAUAGGACAACUAGAAAAAAUAAGAAAAAAGGCAUUGCUGUAUCUGCAAGAGUUCCUGAGCAGAGUGAGCCAAAGCAUAUGUGCAGUGACUUUGAGAGGCCCGACCUGAGAUCUAACAUUGGUCUGAGAAAUUGGUGUGGACAAGGCAGUACUGUGGAGAUCUGUAAACCAGAACCCCAAACUGCGAGCUUAUCUGCUUCACAGGGAGAAACAGAAAACUUUUACCAGAGGCCCAAGAAGAAGUGCGUGGAAAAGUUUUGUUCAGACUCCAGUUCAGAUUGCGGCAGUUCCUCCGGCAGCGUACGUGCCAGCCGGGGAAGCUGGGGCAGCUGGAGCAGCACCAGCAGUUCCGACGGAGACAAGAAGCCCGCGGUGCCUCCUCGGCAUUUCUUCCCAUCCCGUGAAACCAUUUCACAGAAUGAUUUCCCAACUGAAACUCCUAUCACUCUGAAUCUGUCACACAACAUAUGCAACCCCAGUAGAGACAUGAAUACUGUUCCCCAGUACCCAGAAACCUUGUGUCCUGGCUUCCCAGAUAUGAGUGCAGAACCUGACAAAAAUAAAGGUCUUUAUCCAACAGGAGAUUUGUGGCCUGCCCAACCAGUGUGUCUAACCAACGGCUUAAAUUACAACCUGGAGAACAACAUGCCGUGCAUGAUCCAGGAGCCCCCUCCUGUUCACAACAGUUUCAUUGAUUGGAAUGCGACUUGUGAAGGCCAGUUUCCCAACAUGUAUUGUCCGGUGGAAGUGAACGAUUACACCGCCUUUCCAGAAGAAAAUAUGAAUUACCACAACGGCUUCCCCUGCCCUGCAGAAGUCCAGAGUACUGCCUUCAUUGACCACACUUGUCAGUCUACUUGGAGCACCCCACCCAACCUGCCUCCAGCCUGGGAACCUGCCAGUUAUAUCAACUCUACGCCAUAUUUCUCGAGCACCAGAAGCUUGUCUCCCAUGUCUGGACUUUUUGGUUCCAUCUGGGCCCCCCAAAGCGACAUGUAUGAAAACUGCUGCCCCGCCGUCAGCGCCACUUCUCAACAUUCUGCUCAUGUGGAAAGUCAGGCCGUGAUGUGUAAGCAGGAAUUUAACCCAUUCCGUGCCUAUAUGAACCUGGACAUAUGGACUACAGCAGCAAAUAGGAAUGCAAAUUUCCCUCUUUCUAGGGACUCGGGUUACUGUGGCAACGUGUGAAAGAUUUGAUCUUAAACAAUGUGAAUAAAGAUGCUUGCCUUUUGAGUACUACAGGAAACUGGUUGUUGAGAUAGAUUAUGACGUUGGUGGAUAUUUUGGCACUUUUAUAUGGAAAUAAAUUUUUUUACUGAAGA